GGUGAAUGAAAUCAAAGUUAGUCUUUCGUCACUGACUUAAACAUGUGUAACUUAGAAGAUACAGUUUAACGUUUGUGUCCAAAGAAACAAAAAAGUGGGUUAAUUUUAGAAAGCUUCUUUGCUAACGACUUGUCAUAAUGUGUCGUUUCAUGACAGCAAAAUCAAUCCACAGAGACUGCCACUCCAAAGACAGCAUCUCUUUUCAGUCCCAAAAUUCUACAAUGAUUUUACCAAGUGCGGUAAGAAUCAGACCAUAAAAGUCUUUUGUAUAGCGUCUUAUUGAGGCAAUCUGUUUCUCUGCUGCCCUUAAUUUUUUACAAAUCAUGAGGAAACUAGCUGGAAAAUUCUCCCAAGGGAAUCAUCUACAUUUUCAUUUAGCGUACCGUCUUUUCUACAGUCCCAAUCAAGGGCCAACGUUAAUGGCAUCCUCCAAUCCCCACCUCAUGCUUCAGAUGAAGGGCCAAACUCUUUGGUUCUUCCACAUGCAUUUAUUUCAGAUAACAGUGACAAUUAUCUGAAGCCCCAUUUGAAAAUGAAGGAGUCAAAAAUUCUAGAAGGCCGAGGCACUGGAAUUGCAAAGUCUUGAAUGGAGUCAAUGGACGCUGGAAUUGCAAUAGUGCACUGCAAUUAAAGCUUAUUUUGACAGGCAGAAACUUGUUGUUUCUCCAUUCAGUUCAAGUGGGACAAAGUGGAAAACUGGAAAGUGGAAUUUCAAUUUCUCCCCAUGACUGCUUUUUGAUGUUCUGAAUUGGGCAAGCUGGUCUCUCGAGUUGAAGGUAAAGUCAAUCCCACAAAGUUCAUUGUAUGGCUGUUUUCAUUUCUUCAAACUUCUGAAAGUUUGGAUUAUCUACUUAUUGGUACUCUCAGGGGUGUUUAUGGUGUUGUUGUUGGGUUUGUGUGUGUGUGUGUGUGUGUGUGCGCGCGCGCGUGUGUUGAUAUUUUGAAUAGAGAGAAGCCAUAGGCACAAAAUUAGAUAAGUACGGCCCUUGGGUGUGCAACUCUCCUGAGAAUUUGUCAGGUGUGUUUAUUCAUUGAUUCAAGAUAUGCAAAAUUUCUGGUCUUUGUCAUAAAAUAUGGAUAAAUGGAAAUUAGUUUUCACUUCUUUUUUUGUCCUAUAACAGUUUACUGUUCAUCCUAGCUCAUUUUUUGUUCGGUGUAAACAGGGUGGAAAAAUGAGGAUUCUUUGGCUUCUGGUGCUAGUAGUUCUUGGAGGUGGACAUCUUUCAAGAGGUGCUAAUACAAAUAUGUCCGGAAGGCCGAAAUCAGUAAAUAUUGGGUCAAUCCUCACAUUGGAUUCGUUUGUUGGCAAAGCUGCAAAAGUUGCUAUAGACGCAGCAGUAGAAGAUGUGAACUCCAACUUAGCAGUUCUUCCAGGAACCAAGCUAAACAUAACAACUUUUGACAGCGGUAAUAGUGGAUUCCUAGGCAUCAUUGAGGCCAUGCACUUUAUGGAGACUGAAACAAUGGCGAUAAUUGGUCCACAAUCGUCAGUCAUAGCUCAUGUGAUUUCACAUGUUGCGAAUGAGCUCCAAGUUCCUCUGCUAUCUUAUGCAGCUACGGAUCCCACCCUUUCUUCACUUCAGUACCCAUUGUUUGUCAGGACCUCACCAAAUGAUAUGUUCCAGAUGGCUGCAAUUGCAGAAUUGGUUGAACACUAUGAAUGGAGGAAGGUUAUCGCAAUUUAUGUUGACGACGAUUUUGGAAGGAAUGGAAUAGUUGCAUUAGCCGAUAAGUUGGGCUCAAAACAAUGUGAUAUAUCGUACAAAGCAGCUUUGAGCCCUGAUGCUACCAAAGUAGAAAUUCGUGAUGUGCUUGCACAUGUGGCUUUACUGGAGUCGCGAAUUUUCGUAGUACACACUUAUCCUGAAAGGGGACUAGAUAUAUUCUCUGUGGCACACGAUCUAGGAAUGAUGGAUAACGGACAUGUUUGGUUUGCUACUAAUUGGUUAACAACCAUGCUGGAUUCUAAAGAUGUUCUAUCUCCUGAGAUAUUUGAAAGUAUACAGGGGGUUAUUACGCUACGAAUACACACUCCAGGAUCUAAAAAGAAAACAGAUUUCAUCUCUAGGUGGCGUAACUUGACAAAGCAAGAAGCAGCUAGUAGUUCUCCGAUGGGACUAAACUCAUUUGCUCUCUAUGCCUAUGAUACUGUUUGGCUACUUGCUCAGGCCAUUGAUAUAUUUUUCGAAAAAGGAGGCAACUUGUCAUUUUCCCCGUAUUCAAUGUUGAAUGAUGUGAACACUGGCAGUUUGAAUCUAAAUGCUAUGAGCAUCUUCAAUGGAGGUAACUUGCUACUGGACAGUAUUUUACAGGUUAAUAUGACAGGGGUGACAGGACCAUACAGUUUCACUUCAGAUCGGAACCUGUUCCGGCCUGCUUUUGAAGUCAUCAAUGUGAUUGAAACUGCCUUACGGGGGAUUGGUUAUUGGACAGAUUAUUCUGGCUUGUCAAUACUUCCACCAGAAAAAGUUUAUUCCAAGAAGCCAAAUCGUUCCAUUUCAAAUCAGCAACUCUAUAGUGUAAUCUGGCCUGGACAAACUACUGAAAGACCUCGUGGCUGGGUUUUUCCACAAAAUGGUCGGGCAUUAAAGAUUGGUGUUCCAUACAGAGUUAGUUAUGGUGAAUUUGUAACAAAGGAACCAGGAACAAAUAUGUUCAAAGGAUACUGUAUUGAUGUUUUCUUGGCUGCCCUGAACUUGUUGCCUUAUGGUGUUCCAUACAAACUAAUUGCAUUUGGAGACGGUCGUGUCAAUCCAAGCAACAACGAGCUUGUGAGAUUGAUCACAACUGGGGUCUUUGAUGCUGCUGUAGGUGACCUUGCAAUUACUACAAACCGGACACGAAUAGUUGAUUUUACUCAACCAUAUAUCGAGUCCGGCCUUGUUGUAGUGGUGCCUGUGAAGAAGUCGAGUUCUAAUUUUUGGGCCUUUCUGAUGCCAUUUACUCCUUCAAUGUGGGGCGUCACAGCAAUGUUUUUCCUCAUUGUGGGAUCUGUUGUUUGGUUAUUAGAGCACAGGUUGAAUGAUGAGUUUCGGGGCCCUCCCAGAAAGCAAUUUGUGACGACUUUAUGGUUCAGUUUAUCAACACUCUUUUAUGCACAUAGAGAAAAUACAGUUAGCAUUCUUGGCCGGUUUGUCCUCUUUAUAUGGCUGCUUGUGAUUCUAAUUAUCACCUCUAGUUACACUGCUAGUCUUACCUCAAUCCUUACUGUUCAACAACUUUCUUCACCAAUUAAAGGGAUAGAAAGUUUGGUUCACAGUAAGGAUCCGAUUGGUUUCCCAGUCGGUUUAUUUGUACGUGAUUACCUCAUUCAAGAGCUUGGCAUCCAAGAAUCCCGACUAGUCCCUCUAAAUUUGCCGGAAGACUAUGCAAGAGCCUUGCACGAUGGUCCUAGCAAUGGUGGAGUUGCUGCUGUUGUUGAUUUUCGAGCAUAUAUGGAGCUUUUCCUCUCCACUCAUUGUGACUUUAGCAUUGUUGGCCAAGAGUUCACCAAAAGUGGAUGGGGAUUCGCCUUCCCGAGAGACUCACCUCUGGCCAUUGAUAUGUCAACUGCUAUUCUGAAACUGUCAGAGAGUGGUGAACUCCAGCAGAUUCACGACAAGUGGCUGCAGAGAAGUGCUUGCAGUUCAGAAACAACAAAGCUCUCAGUGGAGAGACUUGAGUUGCGAAGCUUCGUAGGCCUCUUUGCCUUAUGUGGAUUGGCAUGCAUUUUUGCCUUGCUUAUACAUUUUGUAGGUAUAUUACACCAAUUCUUCCGUCAUCACUACGAACCAGAUCCAGAACCAUUAGCUUCAAGUAGCUCGCAAUCGCGAUCAUCACGGCUCCAAUCAUUCCUGACUUUUGUUAACGAAAAGGAAGAAACAGUGAAAGCGCGAUCAAAGAGAAGACGUUUGGAGGGAGUCUCAAAUGCGAGUAGAUUUGGCGAUUCAACACUGAAUGGUUCAAGAAAUAUGAAGCAAAAUUGUCGUCUAGGAGAAGUGCCAGUUUCGUAG